UAUGUUACUUAGUUUUUUAUUUAAUUUUCAAAACUAUUUUAUAAUAACAGUUACAAUCUUUUAUGUUCACAUUUUAAUUUUAAUUAUCCAUUUGUAUUGCUAAAUUGGUGUUAUUAUUUAAAAAAAUAAAUCAUUCUAUAGUAUAGAAUUAGUUAAGUUAGUGAUUUUCAUAUUUAGUUUUUAGUAUAUUUAUCAAUAGAUUAUAUAGUAUAAUGGUUAAGUGGAAUGAUGUGUGGUUGGAAAACUUAGAUAAAAAUCUAGUGAAAAUCCAAUUAUGGGCUGAAAAAAGAAACUCUGAAUAUGCUAUCUGUAAACUAUGCAAAAGUGAUUUAAAAUUCAGUUCAGUUGGUUUCCAAGCACUAUAUCAGCAUUCUUCAAAACCUAAACAUAAGUCAGUGUCUGAUCUAAGGUUUUCAAAAACUGCUCGUCAUUUAUAUGUAGAUUUUAACAAAAACUCUAUUAGAGGAGAAAAAGUUAUACAAUUCUCUGUUCUCUAUAAAUGAAAAAAAUUCUGCUGCAGAAGCUAUGUGGCUUUUUAAAGUGGCAGAGAAUGAUCUUGCCUUAAGACAUUGUGACAACACACCAAUAUUGUUCCAAAGAAUGUUUCCAGAUAGUAAAAUAAGUCAAGGUUUUACUAUGAGUCGGCAAAAAGCUUCAUAUAUUUUGCAAGAUGGCCUUGGGCCAUUGUUGGAAAAGCGUUUAUGUAAUAGUAUCACAUUAAGUCAAGGUGCAUUCACUUUAAUGUUUGAUGAAACAGCUACUUCACAAUAAAGAAAACAAAUGGAUCUUUUAUGUUGUUUUUGGUCAGAAGACGAAAACCAAGUUGUUACAAAAUAUUUAACAUCGCUGUUCUUUGGCAGAGCAACAGCAGAAGAUGUCAAAACAAUGCUAGCAGAUUUACAUCAUAAUGAAAGGUUUUAUUUACCAUGGGAUCAUCUUUUUAAUAUUUCAGCAGAUGGUCCUAAUAUUAACAAAGCCAUUUGGAGAUUGUUAAAUGCUGAUCUUCAUAGCAAUGGUUUUAAUGGCUUGUUACCAUUUGUAAGUUACACUUUGCACACAGUGCAUAAUGCUUUUCGAAAAGCAAUUAAUGUUGUCGGUGAGGAUGCUGAGCAGCUUGCAUUUGAUUUACAUACCUAGUUCAAGGUAAUGAUUUGAGUAAUUUUAUACAGUAGAAUCCCAUUAAUUCGGACCCUGGAUAAGUUGGAUUUGUACUAAGUCGGACAGAUUUUCAAUUCCCCUUGAGCUUUCUAUACAUACAAAAAGCUUAGCUUAUUUGGACACAAGUCGGACUAUUUAUCUAUUCCCUGUGAGAGUCUAACUUAAUGGGAUUUUUCUGCAGUUAAUACUAAAAGAGAAUUUUUUAUUUUACCUAUGAAGUUAUUUUUCUUUCAUUAUUAUUAUUUUUUAUUCUAAUAGUCUAUUAUACGACUAGCUAAUAAAGUGUAGUGUCUCUAUAUAAUUUUUUUUAAAAAAAACUAUUUUGUUUAUUUUAUUAAUCAUUUGAUAUUUUAUUAUUGAAAAUUAAGUUUUUUUAUUCAUUUUCAUUGAUGUAGAUUUUCAAUAUAAAUAUGUUUUAGGUGAACAAAAUAUCAUGUGAAAAAAAAAGAUUUGUCUGCUUACAGCAAAUGAGAGAUGGAUAUAUAUCUGUUGUGAAACACUUGCAAAAAAAACUUCCACUUGAUUCGCAGAUAUUAAAAGAUAUGACUUGUUUGGGUGCUCAAAUGAGAUCAGAACCUUGGACUGUUAAUGCAAUUGGGCGAAUAGCAGUUACGAUGCCACAUGUAAUUACGGAAAGGGAGGUAUCAUUUGUGAAAGAUGAAUGGAAAUUAUAUCAAGCAGCUAAUAUAUCAAAAGCUAAUAUAUAUUUUGUAUCAGAAUCUAAUAUAGAUUCUGAUACAAAAAAACUAAAAAGAGUAGACCAUUAUUGGGCUAAUGUUUUUGAAAGUAACAAUGAGUAUGGAAAAACAAAGUAUGGGUAAUCUCAGUAAAAUUGUUAAGAGCUGUUUAACAAGUCAGAAUGGAAAUGCCAGUGCUGAGCAAAGUUUAUCUGAUAACAAAAAUACAUUGACUCCUGAGAGAGUAAAUCUAAAUGAUGAAACAUUAAUGGCUUUGAGAAUAUCAAAAGAAUAUGCAAGAAGUUGCAGAGGAGCAUAUAAUGUUGAUGCACUCUC